CUCUUUCGCUGGCCUCACUAUGGGAAGCUCGUCAUGGGAGAAAUGCUGUCCGUUAAGGUUUACAACUGCAGCAAGGUUUUCAGUAACAGGCUUCUCGGUACCCUUGUCCUCAGCCUUCAGCACCUGAUGACGUCCGGGAGGCUGAUCCUCCGGGAGGCCCUUGUCGACAGGAACCACAGAGUCACUGGUAUCUACAUCGAGUUGGAUUUGCGCUACCAGCCUCCAGAUGGCUCAGCUGGGACCUGGGUUGAAGAGGACUUCGUCUAUCAGAUGAAAGACAGUUCGGAGUUAAUCAUCCGCAAUCCUGGAUUUGAGGAGCUGGAGGCAGCCGAGGGGCCGAGAGCGCGUGAGCUGGACAGGAGGGCUGCCGCGCUGGGCAGGAAGCUGGCAAAAGGCCUGGAGACUGAUGAGGAAGAGGAGGAGGAGGAAGAAGAUUUCUAUGAUGUGUCUGAGAUGCAGGUCUCAGGCAUUGUCUUUAGCCCUGUGAAGAGCCGCUCCAGACUUUGCUCCGCACGGGACCUCUUUGCCACCCCAACCCCACAGAGCUUCCAGGUUGGGAUUAAUAUAAUUGAAGCGCAGAAGCUGGUGGGGGUGAACAUUAACCCCUUUGUGGUAGUCAAGGUUGGAGAGGAGAAGAGGCACACGGCCACGCAGAAGUCAACAAACUGCCCCUUCUACAAUGAAUAUUUUUUGUUCGAAUUCCAUGAGCCAAAGGACAUUUUAUUCCACAGACUCAUAGAGAUCUCAGUUUUUCACUCAAAGAAGAUACCAUUCCUGGGGACAUGCAUAGGAACGUUCAAGAUAGAUGUUGUGACGGUGUACAGCCAGCCAGAUCACAGGUUUUUCCAGAAGUGGGCUGUUAUCAGUGACCCCACGGAUACUCGGGCAGGCGUGAAAGGCUUUGUGAAGUGCAACAUCUCCGUCACCGCACGUGGGGAUGUUGUGGGCUCCCUUCCCACCUCCUCCAGCAGUCGGGAUGAGGACAUUGAAAGGAACCUGCUGCUGCCUAAGAGAGUCCCUGCAGAGAGACCCUGGGCCAGGGUCUGCAUCAAGCUCUAUCGUGCCGAGGGCCUGCCCAGCAUGAGCGCGGGCAUCAUGGGUGGUUUCUCCAAGAUCAUAGGGGAGAAAAAAAUCUUUAUUGACCCAUACGUGCAGGUCUCGUUCUGUGGGCAGCAGGGAGAAACAUCGGUGGAGACCAGCACCACUGAGCCUGUGUGGAACGAGCAGAUCAGCUUCAUUGAGAUGUUCCCACCUCUGGCCAGGAAGAUAAAAGUCCAGGUGCUGGAUGAUGCCAAUGUUGGUGACGUGGCCAUUGCUACACACUACAUUGACCUGCAGCAGAUCUCAGACCCUGGCAGGAAUGGCUUUAACCCCACGUUUGGCCCAGCCUGGGUGAACCUGUACGGUUCCCCCCAGAACUCGGCUCUGCGGGACAUCCACAAGGACCUCAACGAGGGCAUGGGCGAGGGGAUCUUCUACCGUGGGCGCCUCCUCAUGGCCAUCACGGUGGAGAUCUUCAGCAGCCCCAGCGUGGCAGAGAGGAAGAUUGGGGACAAGACGAAAGGUGCCCUAAGCAAACUGAAGCUGAAGAAGAAAAGUAAGAAAUCCAAGGAGAAAGCCAAAGAACUGAGCCAGCUGCAGGGAGAGGAGGAGGCUGGGGGCUCUCAGGAGGCCGAGCAGCCCGGGGAGGUCACUGUGGAGGUGGAAGAGCUUCAUCCGCUCCCCGAGAAUGCGUUGGGGAGGAAGGAGGAAUUCUUCCUCUUUGCUGCCUUCUUUGAAGCCACUAUGUUGGACUCCUCUCUCAGCAACAAGCCUGUCAGCUUUGAAGUCUCUAUAGGAAACUAUGGCAAGGCUGAAGAGGCUGUGACCAAAGUACGGAGAAAGGUGGAAAAGGGAGAAGUGAAAGAAGAAAAUCAGCCUUUGCUGGACCCUGGUUCGGAUGGCGAGCUGGAUGCUGAAGUCCUGGCCCCAGCUUCAGCAGCACUGAACAAGUCGGUGACAAAGAGCCAGAGACCAGAGCCCAUGGAGUAUGACAGGUCGUACAGCUGCCUGCCCAUGGCGCAUGAGAAACCCUGCGUGUAUGUGUGGAGCUACUGGGAGGAUCACGCCUGGAGACUCUGCAUUUCCAACUGGAUUGUCAAGCUGGCAGAGCGCCUGGAGCAGGGGCUGGAUGACGUGGAGAAGCUCAUGAGAAGGCCAAAGGCUAAAGCAGAAGAGCGGCUCAGAGAGGUGCUGGAGGAGUUUGUAGCCGGAUGCAGGCAAUAUUCACUCAGCGCGGAGAGAAAAACAAUGGCACAUCCAAACAACCUUGACAGAUGUCGGAUGAAAUACCUGAUGCACAACAUUAUCCUGUAUGCAAAGCAGGGGCUGCGUGUGAGGCGGCGGCUGACUCGAGCCAACGUCAAGGAGAAGGUUAAGGAGACAAGGAGGGUCCUGGCAAAGCUACGCUUCAUGGCUAAAGAGGGCUCCCCUGAGUUCCUCGGCCAGGCCUUUGCCAUCCCGCAGGUGAAGCUGGUCGAUGAGCCGUACACUAAACCUGCCCUGCAGUUCUUCGAUUUCUACAAAGGCACCAAAGCAGCGGGAGAGCUCAUUGCCACUUUCGAGCUGAUUGAGCUGGACUACAGCGGCUAUUUGGAGCCAUCAGUGCCCGAGGAUGUGGAGCCCAAGGAACCCAACUACCUGGGAGACCCGCAUGCUGGACGGUUCGUCAUCCCUGAGGGCAUCCGCCCAGUGCUGAAGGAGUUUCGCAUAGAGAUCCUGUUCUGGGGCCUGCGGGACCUGAAGCGGGUGAACUUGUUCGAGGUGGAUCAGCCCCAGGUGAUCAUUGAAUGUGCUGGUAAGAAAGUGGAGUCGGAGGUGAUCGUGGCCUACAAAGAGAACCCCAACUUCACCGAGCUGGUCAAAUACAUGGACGUGGAGCUCCCGGAGCAGGUCUACCUGCACCCUCCCCUCAGCAUCUUUGUGGUGGAAAAGCGGGCGUUUGGGCGCACUGUGCUGGUGGGUACCCACGUUGUGUCCGAUGUGAUGAAAUUCUCUCCAAGAGAGCUGGAGGAGGAACCAGAAGAUGUGCCCAAAGCUCGGAAGGUCUCAUCCCAGCGCCUUCCCUCUCAGACUGUGGUGAACAUUGGCCUGGCAGCUGGUGACCCAGGCCCCAGCACUCACCCCCUGAGUCUUGUGAAGGCUCCUUUGAAGAAAAUUCCUAUCAAUAAGCUUGUAAAGAAGGAGGAUGAAUAUGAAGAGGAAAAACCAGAGCUGGAAGAACUGGAUUGGUGGUCCAAGUACUAUGAGUCCCUGAAGGAGCUGUAUAACCAGACACGCGGUGAUGAGGAAGAUGCUGAGAAUGAUGACCUGAAUGAUGGAGAUGGAGGGAAUUUAAAUGCAUCCUCCAUUGACGUGGAAGCAGAAGAUGAGGCAGUAAUUGAGGCUGAACCUGCUAGGCCCAAGAGGAAGCUCAUCGCCACCCUUCAGAUCUACAACUCCGAGCUGGAAAAUGAGUUUGGUAAUUUUGAAGACUGGCUAUGUGUUUUCCCUCUUCAUCGCGGCAAAGCAAAUGAGGAUGAAGAUGGAAAUGAAGAUGAACAUUUUGUGGGGAAGUACAAGGGCUCCUUCUAUGUCUACCCCACUGAGGAAGCCGGCACGGAGCCCAAGGUCUCCCAGGGCGUUCCGAGGAACAGACCCAUCAAGGUUCUUGUAAGAGUUUACAUCGUUAAGGCUACGAACCUGUCUCCAGCAGACCCCAAUGGCAAAGCAGACCCCUAUGUGGUGGUGACUGUGGGGCAGGAGCAGAAGGACACAAAGGAGCGAUACAUCCCAAAGCAGCUCAAUCCUGUGUUUGGAGAAGUUGUGGAGCUGACAGUCUCCUUUCCCAUGGAAUCAGAGCUCACUGUGGCAAUAUUUGACCAUGAUUUGGUUGGGUCUGAUGAUCUGAUUGGGGAGACCAAGAUUGACUUGGAGAAUCGAUUCUACAGCAAGCACAGGGCCAACUGUGGAGUGGCUUCUCAGUACAACGUAAAUGGCUACAACAUGUGGCGAGAUGCUUUCAAGCCCACACAGAUCUUGGAUAGUUUAUGCAAGAAAAACUUGCUCCCUGCAGCAGAGUACAGACGGGAGGAGGUGAAAGUGGACAAUAAAAUAUUCAAGGUCCCUCCAGAGGCUUUUCCUGAAGAGGCCUCUGUCAGGAACAAGAGAGGAAUGGCAGAUGAGAACUGGCCAGUGGAUGAUGAACAUAAGGCUUUGUACGUCCUGCAGCACUGGGAAGAGAUGCCAGGAUAUGGGUACAAACUGGUACCCGAGCAUGUGGAGAUCCGGUCCCUGUACAACCCGGAGAAUCCUGGGCUUGUGCAGGGCUCCUUGCACAUGUGGAUUGACAUGUUUCCCAACGACGUCCCCGCACCGCCGCCUGUCAAUAUCAAGCCACGACUGCCUGUCAGCUAUGAGCUGCGUGUGAUUAUCUGGAACACGGACGACGUGAUCCUUGAUGAUGUCAACCCAAUAACGGGAGAGCCUUCCAGUGACAUCUAUGUGAAAAGCUGGAUAAAGGGUCUUGACCACGACAAGCAGGAGACAGAUGUUCACUUUAACUCCUUGACCGGAGAGGGCAAUUUCAACUGGAGGUUCAUCUUCCGCUUCAACUAUCUCCCAACUGAGAAGGAGAUCACCUACAAGAAGAAGGACUCUGUCUUCUCUGUGGAGGAAUCAGAGUUUCGGGAACCGGCUGUUCUGGUCCUCCAGGUCUGGGACUACGACAGGAUUUCAGCUAAUGACUUUCUAGGCUCCAUCGAGCUGAAGCUGCAUGACAUGGUGCGGGCAGCCAAGAGCUCAGAGCAUUGCACCAUCAAGAUGGCCAAGGAGAAUGCAACACCUCGCUUCUCCAUCUUCCGAAACAAGCGCAUGAGGGGCUGGUGGCCCUUCAUCAAACUCAAAGAUCAAGAAGACGAGGAGAGAGAGGAGAGGGUGGACAAGCAGAAGAAGAAGAAAAAGAAGCGGAGCAGCUCAGUUAAACCAGAGGACGUGGAGUUCACCGACCCCAGCGGGAACAAGUACCUCCUGACGGGUAAGGUGGAAGCGGAGUUCCAGCUGCUGACUGUGGAGGAGGCUGAGAAAAGUCCUGUUGGUUUGGGCCGAAAAGAGCCUGAACCCCUGGAAAAGCCCAACCGGCCAAAAACGUCUUUCAACUGGUUUGUGAAUCCCAUGAAGACCUUUGUGUUCUUUAUCUGGAAGCGGUACAAGAAAUACAUCAUUGUGCUGUUCAUUGUCGCUGUUCUGACCAUCUUCCUGGUUCUUUUGAUCUACACCAUGCCUGGCUACAUCAGUGAGAAGAUCAUCAAUGGAUAA